AUGUCUAUUCUAGUAAAUACUCAACAAAGAUCAAUUGAAGUUGAACGAUCAUCCGAUCGAACAUCGGGAACAAGAAAUAUUUCUUUGACACAAGUACCUUCGGUUAUAUUCAAAUGUAUUCGUGUUUCAAAUAUACAUGAUUAUAAUCUUUCCAUAUUGAAUGUAUUGCCAUCAGCUGAUAAUGCAAGUUCAGGUAAUCAGGAAGAUGAUCUUAAGACAGGUCGAUGUGAUGAAUAUUUCGUCUUUCGAUAUCUUCAAUGGAAAUAUUCUGAUGAACAAAUCGAAUGGGUCAAUCAACAAACCGAGUCUGGUUUACCGUUUGACAUUCGACUAGUGCACAAAACGACAAAUAAUGAAACGGAAUUGAUUGAAGUCAAAACAACUCGAUCAUGUGAUCAAAAUACGUUUCAGAUGUCAAUUGGUGAAAUUGAAUGUUUACUUGCUAAUCCAAAGAACUAUUCAAUUUAUCGUGUUUAUUAUACUGACGAUGAAAAAUCAUUGACAAUUACAAUUCUCAGUCAAGUGAAAGUUCAUUUACAAAAUAAAAAUCUUGUACUUUCUAUGAUUAUCAUGGCAAAACCAAGUGAAAAAUGA